CACGAAAUCCUCGGUUCGUUGAUUGGCUGUUUGAAUCGGUUCGGUGGUUGGCAGCACGGUAUAUAAGCUCGGCACAAACCAGCUGUGGAUCACACCGCUCUGUCAUCAGACACCACACCAACAGAAGAUGUUCACACAAAGACAGACCAACCUGGAGAGAGUCGUCCUCUCAGCGGUGGCAGUGCUGCUCCUCCUGACCGCAACAGGACAAACUGCGAUUCUGACCGACAACCUCCAGACAACAGCAGCUUCUCUUCUUUCAAAUACGACCCCGCAGCUCAACACCAGCAGCAUGGAGCAUCCGAAGGUUCUGCGAACAUUCAAAUCAUGUGACAGCAAGGAUGAGAAAUACUGUGAGAACGGCGGCGAGUGCAUGUACCCUCAAGACAGCGACAAACCUUUUUGCAUCUGCACGUCCUCGUACAGCGGCCCUCGCUGCCACUUCUUCAGUGACAGCACUCACACUCUGCCUGAGUUGGAGCAGCUGAUCGGCAUCACCUUCGGGGUCGCCAUGCUCUUCUUGAUCCUGGCCAUCGUAAUUUACUGCUUUAUCAACAGGAGGUGUAUGAAAUCAGCCCAACUUAUAAAAUCUGCACCCUCUGAAACGUCAGUGUGAUGUCGAUGUUCCUCCUCCUCAUCAUCUUCAUCACUCCUACAGCCAUUGUCUAAAAGCUUUUUGUACUUUAUUUAACCCUUUUAAUUGACAAGCAUAAAGAAAAGAUCUAUUUAUUUUCACACGAUCGCUCAAACCAGCAGAUCCUCUGACGUGAAGACGUCCAGAUGACGUCAAACUCAAUGAUGUCGGACCUGGUUGAGCCUUUUUAUUCUUCAAACAGGGUCAGAUAUUAUUCAUUUUAUUGUCCUUUAAAAACAGACAGUGAGAAAUGAUGUGUAUUUAUUGUACUAUAGAAUUUAACUUAUUGAACGUACUGUUAAUUUAAAUGUUUGUCAUAGAUUUACGGAAAAGAAUAUUUAUAUGUUGCCUGAAUGACUAUAGUUAAAAGGUGAAUAAACACAAACUGAAACUUAUUGAUGAAGUUUCUUUUAUCAUUGUUCUCAAAUCAGGAGCCUUGCGACAGGAGACAUUGUUUCUAUGUUGGAAAUCACUUGUCAAAUUUAAUAUUAAUGUCCCUGAUGUGACACAGGUUGCACGUCAGUGAACAUGAACUGAAUAAAUAAACAUGCAUUCAAAUGGCAAA